AAUAUUCAUAUUCGAUAUGGCACAAAGUUUAUGUGGUUGUCAUUUGUUGUAAGUUUUUUUCUUUGUUUCGUUAUUUUUUAUAGUUUAUCUCUUGUUAUAUAGUCAGAUGUUUUAAGUGCAUGUUACCACUAAAUUAAUACUCCUGCAAAAAUUUCUCUUAAUUAGUCAACUUGAAAAAUAAAGCCAGUUAUAAGGUUGCCCUUAUCAAAAAAAAACUGUGAUGGACAUGAUAGAAACAGAUGCAACUCCAAGUGCACCAGGAAGUAACGAAAAAGUUACACAUGAUGACCCUAAUAAUGAGGAGCAAACGACAUACAGAAAUACAUCUGGCAAAAAGAAAUCCAAAGGGAAACCAACUAACUUGACCAAAAAUGUUUUCUAUGUAAACAAUUGUAAUGGUGUUCAUUUUGGUGAAAAAAGAACAGUCAUUAUCGAAACAAAAGGGGAUAGAAAAACGAGAAAGAAACCUGUAGGAAUGCCGGAAUCUGUUUUAAAAUUAACACAAAAUGAAGAAGAAUUACAAACAGAAACUAUAAAUUUAAUAAAGUCACACGUUGGUGAAAAUUGGAGAGACGUCUUUCGUGCACUAAAUUAUUCUGAUCAGGAAAUAGAUCAACAGGAAUACUUACAUCACCUGAGUGGAAUUGCAGAGAUAGUCUACCAACUGUUGCUCGAUUGGAAGCGGAAUAAACCUGAUGAGGCCACCUUGGGCAAGUUGGUAUCUGCUUUAUGGAAUUCGGGAGAAGAAGAUGCAGUUCAACAAAUCUUGUCUUCCAAAUGAACAUCUUUCUAAUUAUCAUUUGGUUUUAUUUUCAUGUUUUGUAUGUACCUACCAUUUUUAAUAUUAUACUUCCAUGAUUUUUAAUGUAAAUACAAUUAAAUUUUUUAUA